AUGUCCAAAACCAUCCUUCCACUAGCUUCAUUGCCACGGGCGUCUCUGACAACAUGGUCAACUCGCGCGACCACUGCCUCGUCUAAGGCUUGGAACUAUGCGCUCAACAACCAACACCCGAGGCGUAUCCACGCCCGCGCAAAUGAGUACCUCCCCACCAACCUACCAGAGUGGAAUAGUUCUCAGCGCGCCGUGCGGGAGGCUAUUGCGAAGAUUUGCUCUCAGUACACCGACGAGUACUGGAUGGAGAAGGAUACAGAGCACAAAUUUCCCUGGGAGCUCUACAAUGAUCUAGCAAAAAACUGCUGGCUUGGUAUCUGUCUCCCCGAGGAGUAUGGAGGCUCUGGGUUGGGUAUCUCCGAGGCGGCUGUUAUGUUGCAGACUAUCUCGGAAUCAGGAGCGUGUAUGAAUGGAGCUUCCUCUGUACACAUGAACAUCUUUGGCCUGGAGCCUGUGGCAAAAUUUGGGACAAAGGAGCAAAAAGAGCGCUGGCUGGUACCUCUCAUCCAAGGAAAGGAGCGGGCAUGCUUUGGGGUUACAGAACCUAACACUGGCCUCGAUACCCUCAAGUUGCAGUCUAUAGCUACCAGAAACGGUGAUCACUACCGUGUUAAAGGAUCAAAGGUCUUCAUCUCCACGGCUCAGGUGGCAGAUAAGAUCCUCCUUCUCGUUCGAACUGCACCCUUCGACGCCAAGAAGCCCAGUCAUGGUCUCUCACUCUUCUAUACCGAUCUAGACCGCUUCCAGGUUCAGAUUACUGAAAUCCCCAAGAUGGGUCGCUCAGCUGUCGAUACCAAUACCCUCUUCUUUGAAGACUGGAAGGUGCCAGCUGAGGAUCUAGUCGGCCAAGAAGGGGAGGGAUUUAAGAUGAUUAUGCACGGGAUGAACGCAGAGCGGAUUCUCGUUGGAGCAGAGGCUCUAGGCAUCGGCUACGCAGCACUACGCCGCACUACUAACUAUGUAAAUGGUCGAGUUGUUUUUGGCAACCCGAUUGGCAAAUAUCAGGCUAUACAGCAUCCUCUAGCGGAAUGUUGGAUGAAUCUAGAGAGUGCGCGGCUUAUGAUUUACCUCGCUGGUCGGAUGUACGAUGAUGGCUAUAUAGAUGGAGAGUAUGCAAAUGCAGGCAAAUUCCUAGCCUCAGAAAGUGCUUUCAAGGCCGCUGAGAGAGCGAUAAUGUCUCAUGGGGGUAUGGGCUACGCCAAGGAGUAUCAUGUUGAGCGCUACCUGCGCGAGGCUACUUUAUCCCGGAUUGCGCCUGUCAGUGGAGAGAUGAUUAAAAACUACAUUGGACAGAAGGUACUGGGACUCCCCAAGAGUUAUUAG